CAGAGUUGCAAUAAGGCAUAAGAUGGAUCGUCAUAAUUCUGGAAUGUAUUAUGCCGAGGGUGAUACUUCCAAUUCUGACCUUGAUGCAGAUCCAAAACCUGAACCUGAAGCCCUAGCUCCCACACCCAAGGCAAUUAAUGAGAAUACUUCUGAAAUUAAGGAUAUCUAUGACUUAUAUGGGAGUGCCGAUCAUGCUUUCAGAGUACAUGGAGGUAGAAAUGAUUCCCACCGUCAAUAUUUACGGCAAUUGGCAUGUAGACAUAAAAUAGGUCAUGCUUCAUCAGUCAAACAUUAUGGUGCCGAAGAACAAGUGGGGACCACAAAUCAGGAAGUUAUUAGGAGCUAUUUUGCAUUUGGAAAAAAACUUGAAGAUAGGUUUGAGUAUUAUAAAAAAAGUAAUAGAGACCGUAAGGCUAAGAAAAAACUUAUCAAUGAGGUCACAGAACAGCUCCCCAACGACCUCUCGAGGAAUGCAAUCGAGAAAAAACUAGAAAGGGCAAGGAAGAUUUACUACCUUUUCAGUAAUAUUGGAUAUGAGAAGAUACAACUGGUAAAAUCUUAUUCUGCAUUGAGAAUUUCUAAAUUAAGUUGGGACGAGAUCGAUGCUAUAGAAGAAAAGUUUGAAUAG